UUUCAUCAUAAUCUAAUCGAUUUUCUGACAACAACAACAUUCUAAAAUAUGCUAAAAUCUUAAAAGAAAACAGUCAGAAAUGGGAAAUACAGACACUAAACUCAAUUUUAGGAAAGCUGUCAUACAGCUUACAACUAAGACACAGCCAAUAGAAGCCAGUGAUGAAUCAUUUUGGGAACAGUUUUGGUCUGACAGUGUCACCUGUGUACAAGAUGUCUUUACUCUAAUACCUGCCGCAGAGAUACGAGCACUGCGAGAAGAAUCUCCGUCGAAUCUAGCAACAUUAUGUUACAAAGCUGUGGAGAAACUUGUAGCAGCUGCAGAAAGUGGUUGUCCUUCACAGAAAGAACAACAAAUUGUUUUAAAUUGUAUACGGUUGUUGACAAGGGUGCUACCAUAUAUAUUCGAAGACCCAGAUUGGAGAGGAUUCUUCUGGUCAACUUUACCUGGUCAGUCAGAAGACUCAGAGACUGAGAGUCCUCCGCUAGCCCAGUCACUUCUUAAUGCUCUAUCAGAUCUGUUGUUUUGUCCAGAAUUUACGGUGCAGUCAAACAGAAAGUCUGGGCCUGAUAACCCAGAAGAUAUGACUUCUAUAGACAGUUGUGAAUAUAUAUGGGAAGCUGGUGUUGGAUUUGCACACUCUCCUACGCAUAACCAUACUCAUGAUCAAAAUCGUACAGAAAUAAUCAAACUUCUACUCACUUGUUUCUCAGAAACUAUGUACUUGCCUCCUGUCGCUGAUGCCCAUACAUCACCUAACCAAUGGAUUCAUUACUUCUCAUCAACAGAUAACAGACAUGCUCUACCAUUAUUUACCUCCUUACUCAACAUAGUGUGUUCAUAUGACCCUGUUGGGUAUGGCCUACCAUAUAACCACCUGAUGUUCACAGAUUCUCGGGAACCACUCGUGGAAGUAGCCCUUCAAGUUUUAUGUGUUACAUUGGAGAAUGAAGCAUCCAACAACCAGAAUGUAUCUGUGGACGGAACUUCUGGUGGAACUGCUAUGGAAAAUGGACAACCAGAUGCUGCUGGUCCAGAUAAUCUGUUUGUCAAUUACCUGUCCAGGAUACACAGAGAAGAAGAUUUCCAUUUUAUAUUGAGAGGCAUUACAAGGUUGUUAAAUAAUCCACUGGCACAGACUUAUCUACCGGGUUCUACUAAGAAAAUACAGUUUCAUCAGGAACUAUUAGUUAUGUUCUGGAAAAUGUGUGAUAUAAAUAAGAAAUUCAUGUUUUUUGUCCUGAAGAGCAGUGAUGUAUUAGAUGUACUGGUACCAAUUCUGUAUUUCCUUAAUGACGCACGGGCAGAUCAAUCUCGUGUUGGUUUAAUGCAUAUUGGUGUAUUUAUUUUGUUACUUCUGAGUGGAGAGAGGAAUUUUGGUGUAAGAUUAAACAAGCCCUAUACUGUACGAGUACCAAUGGAUAUACCAGUAUUCACUGGAACACAUGCUGAUUUUCUUAUAAUUGUGUUCCAUAAGAUAAUUACCACAGGUCAUCAGAGGUUACAGCCUCUGUUUGAUUGUCUGCUAACUAUUAUUGUAAAUGUAUCUCCUUACCUGAAAACCUUAUCGAUGGUUGCCAGUACAAAAUUAUUACAUUUAUUAGAGGCAUUUAGUACUCCCUGGUUUCUGUAUGCCAGUCCUACUAAUCACCAUCUUGUCUUCUUCAUCCUGGAAGUCUUCAAUAAUAUCAUACAGUACCAGUUUGAUGGCAAUUCCAACCUUAUCUACACAAUAAUACGGAAGAGAAAUGUGUUCCACCAGCUGGCAAAUCUACCUGUAGAACACUCUGCUAUAGCUAAAGCAUUGUCUAAGAGAGGCAAGAAGUUUGUAAACUUAACUGCCGGGGCAGAUCACAAAGAACCACAAACAAUGGAAGGAGCUAUACCUGCAUCAGAAGCUGAGCCUGGCACACUUAAAACAUCAUUAGCUGCUACUCCAAGAAUUGACAAAAUGACUGAGAAGGCAGCUCCAGAUGAAGCACAUGCUGAUGCUCCACCUCCAAUACCACCUAUGCAAGAUCUGGCCACACCCAGUGGCACCCAUAGUAUCCAGCCUCCAAAUGAAAUACACAACCCAACAGAAUCUGAAGAACAGGAAGCCAGAGGAAAACUUCAAAAAGCUAAAAGUUUGCCAACUCCUCCCUCCAGUCCUACGCAUUCUGUAACAAGUGAAUCAAGCAAGCCUCCACUAUCUAGGAUGGGAUCCACAGCUGGUGGCUGGGUGGCAACACCUGAUUGGGUACAGUCUUGGAAACAGAAGUUGCCCUUGCAGACAAUAAUGAGAAUGUUACAAGUAUUAGUACCCCAAGUAGAGAAAAUAUGUAUUGACAAGGGCCUAACAGAUGAAAGUGAGAUCCUGAAAUUUCUACAGCAUGGCACAUUAGUAGGUCUGUUACCUGUACCACAUCCUAUACUGAUUAGGAAAUACCAGGCUAACUCUGGUACUACUAUGUGGUUCAGAACUUACCUGUGGGGAGUUAUAUAUCUCAGAAAUGUUGAUCCUCCAAUAUGGUAUGACACGAAUGUCAAACUGUUUGAGAUCCAGAGAGUAUAAAAGUGAAUACUUACAGCCAAUGAAAUCCUGUUACAAAGAUCUGACAUUUCCAUGUAGUGUUGUGUUUAUGUUUUAUGUAGUUGUUGGGGUAAAAUACAAAUCUUGGGGAAUAUAUACUUAUGCAAUGUUUUAUUUGCAUAAUAUUCAUAUCAUUUAAAAAGUAAUCUCGUAUACAGCAUAAUCCUAUGUCUUACUUAGUAUUCAUUGUGUGUUUCAUCCAUUAUUAAAGUUAUUUAGUGACAUUUAUUUGAAAACUAAAAAAAUAACAUUUCAAUAAUUUAGAAUAAUCUUGCACAUCUAUUUGAAGAAUAUUAGAAACAUUUGCAGAGUUUAUAAACUAGUCAAUUUUCUUUAUUAUUUUAAUCUGGUAUGUACCAGGUAUAUGCCUUUGGUGAGACAUGAUAUUGAUUUUGAUGCAAUGGGUUUUAGUUACUGAGAUUUUUUCUUAUUUUUAAGACUAUAAUUAAUGCAUAUUUUAAACUUGGCUUAUUUCUUUAAUGUGUAUUAAAAUAAGAAUAAGGACAAAGGUCAUGAUAUAGAUGCUGUCAUAACCUAUUCGGAAGUUAGCCAAAUGAUCAGACUUUUAACUUGCUUGACUCUGAAACAAUUUGUUGUUAUGUCUGCUUAAAGUUCACUUUUGUUCAAGUUAAGACAGUACCAAUCUGUUAAUUUUUUCAAACACCCUGUAUGUAACAUCAUCAGAACUUAAGAGAAUUUAUUGAUAAAGUCAUACAUUAUAUGUUUAUAUCCAACUCACACUAACUCCAUUAACCUAUACAAAUGCUUAAUUUUUCCAGCUAUGAAAUUUUUUGAUUUUUAUUUGGCUUAUUUUGUCAAUAAAAAGACUUGAUUUGCACAAUUUUCUAUUGAAAUAGGCCAGUUUGACUUAUAUAUAUCUUUAUUACCAAAGUCAAAGUCAAAGAUUUGUUAAGAUUAUUUAAAAGUUUGGAUUUCCAUUAGAGAAAUUUCUAAAAAUUGAUAAAUCCUAAUUUAGUGUUUAUGACAAAUCAUUUCUGAAAAUCUAUCAUAUGUUUUUUUGGUAAAACCUAUUUUUGAUUACUGCUCUUAUAAGUACAUGUAUGAAAUGUUAUAGUUAUCACCAACAUGUCUUAAAGUAUGUUUAUGGCUUACUACAGAAAUGGCGUUAUUAACCAAUUUUCAACUCAAUAAAAUGGCAACACAGUGACACAAAUAAAAUCAUCAAAGUGGGUUACUUUAGGUUUUAGAAUUAUAUACUCUAUAUAGUAAAAUGUAAAUAUAAAUUUUAUGGUCUUCAAAUAUAUCAUUCCAAGCAAUAUGUAAAUAUGGGCUUUAAAAGAAAAAACCUGUGAUAUAGAUUAGAGUUGUGAAAAAUAUAUAUUGUAGUAUGCAGUUUUACCUUUGACCCUGUUAUAGGAGUAAUGGAAAACAUAUAGAUUAGAGUUGUGAAAAAUAUAUAUUGUAGUAUGCAGUUUUACCUUUGACCCUGUUAUAGGAGUAAUGGAAAACAUAUAGAUUAGAGUUGUGAAAAAUAUAUAUUGUAGUAUGCAAUAUUACUUUUGACCCUGUUAUAGGAGUAAUGGAAAACAGUAAGAAGGGAACACUUUACAAAUUUUCAUUAUUAUAUUUAUUGAUUUUAAUUAAUUCCAGCUGAAACUUUUAUUAAAUAACACUUCCUGGCACAUAUGGCUGAUAAAUAGUGUACUUUUUUCAAAGGGCAUUUUCUCACUUUGUAAAUCUACCCUUGCUCCUAUGCCACUGUGAAAACUAAGAUGUGAAAUAUAUAGCUAUAGAUAUAUUUAUGAAAUCUAAGAUGUGAAAUAUAUAGCUAUAGAUAUACUUAUGAAUGGCCAAAAAAUGUGUUAAUAGCCAACAUCUGUUAUGGUGAUACAUCUAUUGAUAGUUAUUUAUUCUGUUAAUGUGUAUGUUAUAUUAUAUGUCAUUAAAUAUUUGUUGCAACUGAA